AGUAGGUGGUGCGGGGGCGUGCUGAGCGGGGGAGGCGUGGCCGGACCUGCGGGGCCCAGUAGGCUGGGACUGCUUGGCCGCCUCCUGCCCCGGCGGGGCCGAGCUGCGGGCCCAGACCAUGUCACCAGAAGAGUGGACAUACCUAGUGGUUCUUCUUAUCUCCAUCCCCAUCGGCUUCCUCUUUAAGAAAGCUGGACCCGGGCUGAAGCGAUGGGGGGCAGCAGCUGUAGGCCUGGGGCUUACCUUGUUCACCUGUGGCCCCCACACCUUGCACUCUCUGAUCACCAUCCUUGGGACCUGGGCCCUCAUUCAGGCCCAGCCCUGCUCCUGCCACGCCUUGGCACUGGCUUGGACCUUCUCCUAUCUACUGUUCUUCCGAGCCCUCAGCCUGCUGGGCCUGCCCACACCCACACCGUUCACCAAUGCCGUACAGCUGCUGCUCACACUGAAGCUGGUGAGUCUGGCCAGUGAAGUGCAGGACCUCCACCAGGCCCAGAGGAAGGAGAUGGCCACGGGCUUCAGCAAGGGCCCCACCUUGGGGCUACUCCCAGACGUGCCCUCUUUGAUGGAGACAUUCAGCUACAGCUACUGCUACGUGGGAAUCAUGACAGGCCCGUUCUUCCGCUACCGCACAUACCUGGACUGGCUGGAGCAGCCCUUCCCGGGGGCUGUGCCCAGCCUGCGGCCCCUGCUGCGCCGAGCCUGGCCGGCCCCGCUCUUUGGCCUGCUCUUCCUGCUCUCUUCUCACCUCUUCCCACUGGAGGCCGUGCGCGAGGACGCUUUCUACGCCCGCCCGCUGCCCGCCCGCCUGUUCUACAUGAUCCCCGUCUUCUUCGCCUUCCGCAUGCGCUUCUACGUGGCCUGGAUUGCCGCCGAGUGCGGCUGCAUUGCUGCCGGCUUCGGGGCCUACCCUGUGGCCGCCAAAGCCCGGGCCGGGGGCGGCCCCACCCUCCAAUGCCCACCCCCCAGCAGUCUGGAGAAAGCUGCAGCCCUGGAGUACGACUAUGAGACCAUCCGUAACAUCGACUGCUAUGGCACAGACUUCUGCGUGCGGGUGCGGGAUGGCAUGCGGUAUUGGAACAUGACAGUGCAGUGGUGGCUAGCACAGUAUGUCUACAAGAGCGCACCUGCCCGCUCCUACGUCCUGAGGAGCGCCUGGACAAUGCUGAUGAGCGCCUACUGGCACGGCCUGCACCCUGGCUACUAUCUGAGCUUCCUGACCAUCCCGCUGUGCCUGGCAGCCGAAGGCCGCCUGGAGUCAGCCCUGCGGGGACAGCUGAGCCCUGGGGGCCAGAAGGCCUGGGACUGGGUGCACUGGUUCCUGAAGAUGCGGGCCUAUGACUACAUGUGCAUGGGCUUCGUGCUCCUCUCACUGAGGGACACACUCCGCUACUGGGCCUCCAUCUACUUUUGUGUCCACCUGCUGGCCCUGGCCACCCUGGGGCUGGGGCUGGCACUGGGCGGUGGCGGCCCCAGCCGGCGGAAGGCAGCACCCCAGGCCUCUGGCCUUGCCCCGGAAAAGCUCCGGGAGGAGUGAGCUACUCCGACGUGUCCCUGCCAGUCAGCCCACCCAGCCACCACGCUUUCGCCUAGAAAUUCUGUGAAUCAGGCUGCUGUCGCCUACCCCGGAAAAGAGUCCUGGAGAGAAUUCCUUUUGCCCUGGCCACAUACUUUGCUCUUCAGUGAAGCAAAGCUGGGGUCGUACCCACCUCCUGCUUCCCAGCCCUGCGCCCUGAGCCCUUCAGCUGAUCAGUCCUGCCCCCUCCUGUAAAAUCAAGGUAUUGCCCAGAGAAGAGCCCCCCUCUACACCUGCUACAGCACCCCAGGUAUUCAGAAAGCACAAAGUGUCCCCGAAACAUCAGGGGCUGCUGGGGGAGGUGGUUUCUUGCAGAUUCCCUUUCUGUGAGCCACAUGAUGGGGCUAAGAGCUUCAGGGCGAGGCUCCAGGAGUGGGGGACCCUCUUGUCUCUUUUGCUCUACUUUUAUUCUCAUCAGAUCACUAUUUGAGAACUGGAAGAGGACAGAACCUUCCCAUUCCAUCGAGGGGAAACCAAUGUGCAGACAACCAGGCUUUGGUACUGCUGUUCUCCUUGAAGCUUCUGUCUGAGCCACCACAGGGCCUCAACGCCCUUGUCAUCCGCUUAUCUUGGUCCCACAGCCUAAGACAGGGUCAAAGUGUUGAAAUCGUUCCCAAUAAAGUGUUCCACAAGACA